AUGGACCUCAUCAAUGUGAUGACCUGCGACCUAAGGGGCUCCUGGGAGGGCUUCACAGGAGAGGACAGCUCCCUGUUUGCAGGACCCAACAACCAGGGAGACUGCAAAUACUUUAAUGUAGAUUAUGUGACAAACUACUGGAAGGGCCAUGGUGCCCCUGCUGAGAAGCUGAUGGUGGGCUUUGGGGCAUAUGCCCACACCUUCACUCUCACUAAUCCUGCCAACCACGGCCUGGAUGCUCCCAUCUCUGGCCCUGGGAAUGCUGGGCCCUAUACUCAGGAGGCUUGGACUCUUGCCUACUUUCAGGUCUGCUCCUUCCUGAAAGGAGGCACGGAGGUGUGGAAUGCCCCCCAGGAGGGGCACUAUGUCUAUAGGGGAAACCAGUGGAUUGGGUAUGACAACACCAAGAGCUUGCCCUCAAGGUUGCAGAGUGCCUACCCCUACCCUGGGCACCAGCUUGGCCCCCAUGGUCACUGCGGCGCCCACAGUGGCAGUGAUAGCGGUUGUGGAUUCUGUACUGGGAAGUCCAAUGGUCUCUAUCCCAGCCCCACCAACAAGUGCGCCUUCUACAACUGUGUGAAUGGCCACACCUAUAAGGAGGCUUGUCAGCGAGAGCACAGGCUUCUCGCCUCAGGAGACCGCCAGGACCGGAUCGGGGAGGCGAACACCAUGAAGGAGGCUCCGCCCUCGGAAACGGGAGAAGAUUUGGCCGGCGCAGGGCGGGACAGAGUACGGAUCCCUACUACUGAUCGGUCGCGCGCGUCACGGUGUCGGGGAAGCAGUGUGUUCGUGGGCUCGGCGGGCGGCUCUCGGAGACAGCGGUGGCAAACCCAGCUCCGGAUGCCGCCCGCGCAGUCGCCUCCAGCGCCGACUAUCGGUCUGGCCCUUCUGCUGAAUGCUCAGUUGGGUUCUGCCUAUCAGCUGACAAGCUACUUCACCAACUGGGCCCAGUACCGGCCAGGCCGGGAGUGCUUCGAGCCUGACAACAUCGAUUCCUGCCUGUGCACUCAUUUGAUCUAUGCCUUUGCUGGAAUGAAGAACAAUGAGAUCACCACCAUUUAAUGGGAUGACAUGACUCUCUACCAAGCUUUCAAUGGCCUGAAAAACAAGAACAGCCAGCUGAAAACUCUCCUAGCCAUUGGAGGCUGGAACUUUGGCACUGCCCCUUUCACUGCCAUAGUUUCCACUCCUGAGAACCGCCAGACUUUCAUUGCCUCGGUCGUCAAAUUCCUGCGCCAGUAUGAAUUUGAUGGGCUGGACUUUGACUGGUAAUACCCUGGCUCUCGUGGGAGCACUUCUCAGGACAAACAUCUCUUCACUCUCCUGGUGCAGGAAAUGCGUGAAGCUUUUGAGCAAGAGGCCAAGCAGAUUGGCAAGCCCAGGCUGAUGGUCGCUGCCGCGGUGGCUGCUGGCGUCUCCAACAUCCAAUCUGGCUAUGAGAUCCCCCAGCUGUCCCAGUGCCUGGACUACAUCCAUGUCCUGACCUAUGACCUCCAUGGCUCCUGGGAGGGCUACAUGGGAGAGAACAGCCCCCUCUACAAAUAUCCAACUGACACUGGCAGCAAUGCCUACCUCAAUGUGGCUUAUGCCAUGAACUACUGGAAGGACAAUGGGGCCCCAGCCGAGAAGCUCAUCAUUGGAUUCCCAGCCUAUGGACACGCUUUAAUCCUGAGCAACCCCUCCAACCAUGGAAGAUGCCCCACCUCUGGUGCUGGUCCUGCUGGGCCCUAUACCAGGCAGUCUGGAUUCUGGGCCUACUACAAGAUCUACACCUUCCUGAAAAAUGGAGCCACUCAGGUGUGGGAUGUCCCUCAGGAUGUGCCCUACGCCUAUCAGGGCGCUGAGUGGGUUGGCUACGACAAUGUCAAGAGCUUCGAUAUCAAGGCUCAGUGGCUUAAGCAGAACAACUUUGGAGGAGCCAUGGUCUGGGCCCUUGAUCUGGAUGAUUUCGCUGGCACUUUCUGUAACCAGGGCAAGUUCCCCCUGAUCUCCACCCUGAGGAAUGCCCUCGGCCUGCAGAAUACAAGUUGCACGGCCCCUGCUCAGCCCAUUGAGCCAAUAACUGCUGCUCCCAGCAGUGGCAGUGGGAGUGGCAGCGGCAGCGGGAGUGGCAGUGGUAGCGGGAGUGGCAGCGGGAGCGGGAGUAGCAGCUCUGGAGGCAGCUCAGGGGGCAGUGGAUUCUGUGCUAGCAAAGGCAACAGCCUCUACCCUGUGGCAAAUAACAGAAAUGCCUUCUGGCACUGCCAGAAUGGAGUCACGUACCAGCAUAACUGCUAGGCUGGGUUUGUCUUUGACACCAGCUGUGAUUGCUGCAACUGGGCAUAA